AUGGCUUGUGAAGAAUCAAUAACAACACGAAUACAUCAUAGGGCGAUACCACCAAUUUACUUGUCAUAUUCUAAUCAAACUGGUUUUAUAGAACGAUAUUUUGUUGUUAAACUCUAUGAACAACUGGUAGGAAGUGGUUUAGGUGAAGGUGUGAUUUGGUUUGAUCAUCACCAAGGAAUACAUCCUGAUAAGUCGGCUACUUGGUUUGCUGAUCGUCUCGAAGCAAUUGACUUAUCAAUUGGCAGUAUUUUGAUACUAUCUAAUGCGUGUCAACAUCAACGUUUGAUGACAAUUGAAUCAAAAGCUAUUGCUGAUAGAAAACUUUUAUCGGGUACAUCAGCUGUAUAUGGUUUAUUUGUUAUUUUGUUAGAUGAAUGUCAUGAUUUUCAAUAUUUACGUUCCCGCGCAGACUUUUUCUAUGCUUUUAAUAAAACAGAUUCGAUGUCAGAAGUUGGAGAACGUGUAUCAAUGAUUUUAAAAGAAUUAUUAACAAAAUUAAUACCAUAUAAACAAUUUUGUUCGAUUCAAAAUAAUGCUACAAUGCAUGAACAUAAAAUAAAUGAAGAACCUAAACAGCUAUGUUCUUGGACAGCAAAAGAUAUUCAAUCGUUUAUAACUCGUGUUGGUGUUCAACAAUCAAGUCGAGAUAUAUUUGCCGAAAAACAAAUCGAUGGCUAUUUACUUUUAGCAUGUACUGAGAAUGAAUUAAAAGAUUAUUUUCAAAUGAAUAAUCGUAAAGUUCGACAAAUGUUAAUUGAGAAUGUUAUACAAACAAUUCAUCGUGAACGACAAACUUUACCUCAAUGGCAUUAUGAAGCAAAAAAAACCAAAGGAAAAAAUGAUUAUGUCUAUAUAAUUUAUGAUCCAGAGGAUCAUUCAAUAGCAAGUGAAGUUUCAAAUUUUUUAAAAGAUAAAAAGUUUCGAGUAUUUACACACAAUAUACGAUAUGGAAAAAACAAACAUGAAUUUGUAGCUUUAAAUGGACCUGUUAUGGCUCGAACAAAAGAUGUUAUUUUUUUGCUUACAGCAAAAUCGUGUCGUUCAACCUUUACAUUUCAUGAAUUAACAUUAGCUGAAUGGUUUGAAAAACCAAUUGUUACAGUUUAUCUAGAACAUGUUUGGACAAAUAUGAGAUCAUCAAUUCGAGCUUUACUUGCUGAUUAUCCAUCAGUUGAUUUUAUUCAUCAAUCACUGCAUGAAAGUCUUACAAUUUUACAUGCCUAUCUUCGUCCACAGAUGCUUUCAUCAGAAGAACCCGAUGACUAUGUUCAAAAACUUAAACAAACAAUUCGGCCACUAGCAAGUAUAGCAACAUAUAAUAGUAAUCUAAAACCAAAACCAUCAUGUUCAACGAAUGAAAACGGUUCGGCUAAUCAUCGUUUUGUUUAUUUAAGCUAUUCUAAAACAAGUGAAAAAUGGAACGUUAUUCAUGCUGUUGAACGUCUUAUUUUUGUACUUGAAGCAAAUCAUUUUCAUACUGGAAUUGCAACAGCAAAUACUAUCUCUAAUACUGACAGAGGAAGUGACCCUCUUCAUUUACCGAAAAUCUUAUCAAAACCUUCGUCUAUCAAUCCGAAUGAUUCGUAUAUUCAUGGUUUUAAUCCAUCAUCCAUAACAACUACAACGGCUGACAUCCGUCGUAUAAUGGGUCCAGGUGAUAUUCGUCAUUGCCGUGUAAUGAUUGUUUGUCUAACACCAAAAUAUUUUCGCAAUGAACAUUGUUUAAAUGAAUUACGAUUAUGUGAAAUAUAUCAAAAGCCAAUUCUUGUUGUGUUAUUGAGACAUAUGAAAUAUUAUCAUGCAAAUAAUAUUUCAAAUACAAAUGUAAGUCUCGAUGAACAAAUUAAUACUUUCAUACCAUCAAAGUUACCUAUGACAACAUUAAAUUUUUUACGUAAAAAUAUUCGUUCCUCAUGUAUUGAUUUAACAACAAACGAAUUAUUUUCAAGAAAUGUUCCAAUUUUAUUAAGAAGAUUAGAGGCAAUGCUCGGAAAACAUCGAAAUCAAGUGGAUGGAGCAAGUCAUUCUGUAAAUCCAAAUAAUUUUAGUCAAGCAAGUGAAGUUUUUUGA